AUGGCGGCGACGAACUCGAGUUAGAAUAGUUAUGAGUUAUCAAUUACAAUUAAUUUACUAAGUAAUUGAAGUUCGUGCUAAAUAUAGUGAUAAAGUUUUUUCAAAUAAAUAUAUUUAUGUUUAAUCAGAUUAACCAUAAUCAGUUUAUAUUCAAACUUCCAGAGAGCCUCUUAACUCGUUAGUGAGAGUGCGAUGUCAGAGGAGUUAGAGAGACAUGUCGAGACGGCGAGCGACGCUGCCGCUGGCAGCGGCGUCACAAACGUGGCGCGAGUGUUAUUGACCCCUCAGCAGCUCGAGACAGCGACCGCGGAGUCUCUCCGUACCUCGUGGAAAAACCAGGACUCGUAUAUUGAGCACCUCGAGACAUUGAACAAACAGUUGGAAGGCAGCUUGGAAAAGGCGAAAGGUGUAGAAGAAAGAAUAAGGCAACAAUAUGCAGAGUCACAACAUCGCGAAAAGGUUCUUGUUAGGAGAUUAGCUGCUAAAGAACAAGAAAUACAAGACUAUGUUAGUCAAAUCACAGAACUCAAAUCAUCACACGCAAGUUUAAAUGGGCGACCGUCGUUACUGGAUCCAGCCGUUAACAUGCUUAUAUUAAGGCUUAAGCAGGAGCUAACAUCAACUAAAGCUAAGCUAGAGGAGACUCAAAAUGAAUUAUCGGCCUGGAAAUUUACACCAGACUCAAAUACUGGGAAAAAGCUAAUGGCAAAAUGUCGUCUGUUGCAUCAAGAGAAUGAAGAUCUCGGCCGAAUGACUUCUAGUGGCCGGAUAGCUAAGUUAGAAGGUGAUUUGGCAUUGCAGAAAAGUUUUAGUGAAGAAGUUAAAAAGUCACAAUCCGAAAUGGAUGAGUUCCUACAAGAAUUAGAUGAAGAUGUGGAAGGGAUGCAGAGCACAGUGCUAUUCUUGCAACAAGAGUUGCGAGCGACACAUGCUACAGUUAAUGGAAACCGGCCAAACACACCCGCUGACAAACGAACUUACUCGGGUAGUGAGUGCAGUGACACACCAGUCGGAAAACGGCGCCGCGCCUCUGUGCUUUCUCUAGACUAUAAUGAAGAAGAAGAACCACUGACAGUGACUAACGGUGAAGCGGACUAGUGAUCAAACAUUUAUCUAUGAAUUCUCUGAGCGGUCUUUCUUCAAGUGUUAUAGACGAAAUUCAAUUGCAUUGCAAUUAAUGCAUCACGUUUUGAGUAAGUGAUGUGUAAUGUGGAAAGUAUUAGUGGACCAUUCUGAACAAGAUGUGAAUUUGACAUUGAUUUUUAUUAUUGGAACAAACAGAUGACAAUUUUGUAAUUUAUUUAUGUAAAGUGCAUUAAUGUGAUAAUUUGACUUAUAUGAGCAAUAAUAGUUUUUGUUGCCAAUGUUACUAUGGACGCCUCCAUUGGUGAAUAUUCCUCGUGUUGCAAUAACAAUGACACUAAGCCUAAGAUAAAUGAUUGCCGAGUUUUUAUUGAAUUUAUGUGAUUUUCUAAAUGAAAUGUUUCUAUUUUGAAAUUAGGAUUGAAUGUAUAUAUAGAGUUAUGUUAAUAAACAUAUGUCAUCAGUUAAA